AUGAAGGAGAUUGCUGCCGCAUGUGACGCUUCUAUGCCGCGGCUGAAAACUCGGAGUUUCCACCGGCUGGCGUACUGGUGGUCACCAGACAUAGCAGAACUCCGGAAAAAAUGCCACAAACAACCUCGGCUAGCAACGAGAGCUGCGAAACGCUCCCUUAAUCAAGAAUUACUUUCGAGCGAAACUUUGAAAAUUCUUCAGAGUAUCCCUAAUCAAAGACAUUGUGAAAAUCUUAGCCCUUAA